AUGGUCCAGAUGCUCGUUUAUGGCAAGCUUACUGCACUUCAGUUUGAAUGGGCGUGGCAGAACCCAGACAGAUCUCGACAUCUGUGGGUCAACGUUUCGAAAGACACAGAAUGUCAAUACAUUUUCAAGAGGGAUGCGCGCCGCAACAGUGUAGAGCGGAAGGCAAUUGCUGCAGCUACUCUUGUUCGAGCUCCACCUUUCAUACACUUCCCACUCCAUAUCCGUUGCUUCUCAAAGGAAACGUUUGACAUCGCUUCCGCCGUGGUGCGCCUUCGUGACCCGGGUGUUAGACUAUCGGUCCUCUCGGACAAGACCAACCAUGGCCUCGUGAAACAAGUCACGCAGCUUGCGCCAGCAGAUCCGUCACUCGAGGUUACGUUGGAUUUGAAGGGGCUGCUGAACUCGGUGCUUCCAUCCGACGAGACUGGCAAAGCUUUCUUGGAUCUAAGCGAUACACGGUUCCGCACAAGCAAAGUUGUGCUUGGCAAGUGGUCGCUUAUCUUCGAGACGGAGGCCUCCUUGCACUGCCAUUUGUGCCAGCACCCCAUCUCUGACGAGGUACGCAGAUGA